AAACAAUUCUUCAAACAGACCCUCCCACUCCAACCAAACAAACUCCUCCCUCUUUAAAUGAGAACGCCUCCUGAACAUAAUCAUUGCUUCUCUUAAAAAAAAAACCCAACUUAAUCUUCUCUACUAGUAGCUGUCUCUUUAUCUAGUCAUCAAUGUCCAGGGGCAUCCGUUGUCGCCAUGGCCCGGUUCGAGGAAGUUCUGGACGGAGUGCGUCUGGCUCUGACCAGGGCCUCUCCUGCUGAGAUCCGAGCCCUUCUGGAGUGUUUGGUGGAGGAGCAGAUCAUCUCGGAGGCCUACAGCAAGAGCUUGAGUCUGCACCGACUUACUGAGGGGAUCACACCUGAGUCAGUUCAUAGAGAAACAACAUGUAAACCAGGAUCUGCCACCCACCGGCACCUCAACCAAGGUCAUCUCACAGGAUGUGCCGUCACUGACCACAACCAGUCAAGAUCGGAGCCUGUAUUGUCAGUGGAUGACCAUAACGGCACAAGGUCCAGGCCAACAUUUCAUCCACUGUCUGAUGAGCACUACCAAAAUCACAGGCUAUUUUCUACACCGAUAGUAUGUGACUACCAAUGCAGUUUGGCUAUAGAUGGUGAAAUGAAAGAACUGCUGAGAAGUGCAAAAUCAACACAGAAGGCAGUGAGUGAUAAUGAAAGAAGGGCUCAGGGGAUUUUGGAGGAUGAGAAGGAGUGGUUAGAGCAGGUAGAGGAGGCGGCCAGAAGGAUAGCUGUCCCUCUGUGGCAGCACUGGGACAGAGGACAAACGAUGUUGCUGCCUCUGGUUCCUUGUAUGACUGCUGGCUGUGCAACAAGUGAAAACACAGCGGCAGACAUUGCAGCACAAUGCGCUGUUUUGAAUAUGGAAGAGGAAACAGAGCUUGCAGUCGCUUGCAAGACACUUGAUUUGUACGCUGACAUCUUUAGGUGCACAGAGGCUGAAGUCACAAGCGGCACACUGGAUACAGAGGGAGCCGUCGACGCACCAAAAGGCCUGUGUUUCUCCACAUUAAACGGCACAGAAACACCUGCAUUGAACAGGUAUCAUUUCAGUGUCUCUGGCACAGAAAAGAGUGCCUCACCUGUUAAAGCCUGCAUGGCAACGGACACUAACAACAACAUCACAGACAGGCUGGAGGGUGAUCUCAAUGUCUGCUGGGUCGCUGACAGGACAACAAACACAACGGACAACCUGCUUCAUUUGGCAGGAGACAUUCAGUGUGGCACAGAUGCAGGGUUUACAGGAGACUUUGCAUAUUUACUUUCUUCCUGCAGAGCAAAAGACAAUCCUACUGACGCACAAGAUAACUACUUGUACUCCAACACAGAUCACAGCAUGGCAUUAGGUGUUUUAGACAAUGUAGAAAAUGUUUUCAGGACUGCUUAUGGUACCAAAACGUGCAGCACUAAUGGCAUAACAGACACCCAUGAGGAUAAAGAGGAUAAGGAAAGGGUGGAUUCACACUGGGGAGCCAAGAUGCAGGAAAUAGAACUGGACCAAAUUAUCUGUCCUGAUUUAGGGGAUCUACCAGAUGAUUUAUCUGAAUACAUGAAUGAAGAUUACCUGUUAAAGACAGUGGACACAGAAGUGCUCUUUGGCGAUCCAUGGUGGAAUUGUGAGGAGGAACUCAACAACUGCAGUGACGUCUCCAUCCCAACAGAGUUGCCCAGGCCAGACACCCACCAGCAGAGACAGCAGAACAAACUACCAGCCAAAACAAAUGACAAGAGGAAAAGACCCAGAGUUCCUCGAUCACAACGGUGCACUGAUGAGAACACACCUAGGCCAAAAAGGCAAAGAGCAGCAGGCCGACCAAAAACCACAGAGGCACAAGCGGAGGCACAAGCGGAGCCAACUGUCACUCAAUGCUCUGGCACAGGCUCAGACUCAAGUCCAGCAGCGACAGCAGGCCUCUCCACGACUCCUCCAAGAAUCGUUCAUCUUCAUCCCUCCAUUCAGUUUAUCACCAUCCCAGACACUCCACAAUAUCAGGUCGUUCAGACACUGAGGCUCUCUCCUCCAGUUAUUAGAUUUCCACUCUCCAAUACAGCUACUACACCUACUUACAUAUUAGUUCCUGCUGCCUCACCACCCUGCAAACGCCAAGUGCCACCCCUCUCCCCAGUGGACGGUGCAGUAGCACCAAUCCAAAUGAGUUCAUCCCCUCCAGGAUCUUUGUCGGACACAGCUAGCAAAGCCAUGUCUCCCCCUUGUGCCUCACCACUCUCUCCCAGCCAUGAGUCUACAUGUAAGGAAUCACCUCUUCCUCCAUCCCCCACUGUCCUUGAUAUUCCACAGGUAGUAAAGGAAUACAUUCAGGAGGCUAAAGCCCACAUGAGUCAAACCUGCCAGGAAAUGGAGACAGGCCUUAGCCUAAACUCUCAUUACGUCGAUGUGCAAGUGAGCCAGAGAGAGAUUCUUCGCUCUGGAAAAAGUACGAACAAACUUCUGGACAAGGAGCUAGUCAUCAUGGGACACACAGAUCGGCAAAAAAGCUUGUUGGGGCAGAGUCAGAUCUUCGAAGGCUCAAAUGGAGACAAACCCAAACGCUACAUAUUGCUACUCGGCAAUGCUGGCAUGGGAAAAACAACGCUGAUCAAGAAACUGUGUCUUGACUGGUCCAGAGACUGUAUCCCCCAGUUUGACUUUAUCUUCUUAUUAGACGGCAAAGCACUCACUUUAACAGAUCCGGCCUUCAGCCUUCAGACUCUCCUGUUAAACCUGUCCUCUUUUGCCCCUUCCUGCAUGGACCCAGAGGCAGUGUACACUCAAAUCUUUGCAGCCCCUAAGCGCGUGCUCAUCAUUUUUGAUGGGUUUGCUGAGUUGCGGGACUAUGAAACUCUGCUCCAGACUCAGGAAAAAGACCUGGUAACAUCAUUGCAGAAAGACAGUAAAGCACAGAUCUACACAGUAAGACAGUUGUACUCUGCCAUCCUUCAGAGGGUCCUCCUUCCAGGCUGUACUCUUCUGCUCUCUACCCGACCAAGAGGCACUGCCAGUCAGCUACUCAGACGGACGGACAGCCUUUUGGAGGUGUGUGGCUUCACCUCCACAAAUGUAGAGACAUAUUUGUCCCAAUACUUCACUGAUCCUGCCGUCAGAGCGUCUGCUUUGGACUGCUUAAAAAACUGUAGCUAUCCACAUCUCCUCUGCUGGAAUCCCGGACUAUGUCGGUUGGUCUGCUUGGUUUUAGAACAGUCCAAUGGUUUGGAGGUCCUACCAAAAACUUUAACUGGGCUCUGCCAUCAAGUGCUUCGCCUAAUAAUUGAAAAGGACAGUAAGAGCAUACACUCACAUGCUGAACCUCAAACACAAAUAUCUGUGCAAUCUGUAGAAGAAACCCAGACACAAAUCUCAAGUAGUUCUCAAAUGAAGAAGUAUCCCAAAAAUACUCGGACAAAGUCGAGUGCAGAGGUUCGCACUCGUUCUCGUACCCAAAGAGCAAGGGGGGCAAAAAUACAGGAGGAAGAGGAAGUGGAUGGAGAGGACAUAAAGAGUGUUGGCGGGGAAGUAGAUAGAACAGAGGAGAGAGAGUUGCUGUCUCAGCUGAGUGCUUUGGCCUGGGAAGGGGUCAAAACAAACUCCUCCAUCCUCCCCACAGGACGGACCAUAUCUACAAAACUCAAGGCAUUCGGCCACAGGACAGGGCUCUUCUUGUCUUAUCAACUGAGGACGAGGCAGGUUGUCUCGAGUGGUGAGAAAGAGGGAGGAGGAAGAGAGGACAGAGAAGAAACAGGAGGAGGAGAGAAAGCACAAAAGAUGGGAAAGAGAGGGAGGACCGACAAUGCAAACACUGAAACCGGUGACAAACACAUCCUGUUGUGGGCCAACCCUUUCAUUCAGAGUUACUUGGCAGGGGUCCAUUUGUCUCUGUCAAGGAAUGCAUCAGAUCGUACUUUCCUCCAGACCCUCCCUUUCCAGCUGGUCCCAAAGGGACGCCGUCGAAUUCAAAGGGAGGAGCUUGAGCUCACUCAACAAUUUGUGGUCGGGCUCCUGUUCCACAACAGGACAGAGCUGCAGAGGCUUCACUCUUGCACAGAGACAGUAUUUAGAGAUGUGGUGGUUGGCAAGCAAGCUUUAGUAACAAAACACAUUGAAGGCCUUUCUCUUGGUGACCUGAGCCCCGCCCAGGUCCUGGAGGCUUGUCACUAUGUUUAUGAGGCAAGUUUCACACAUGGUGAUGGUAGCAGAGACAGCGGCAACACACAAUUAGUUGCUCACCUGGCAGCGAAUCUUCCUGAAGUCCUAACAUUUCAUGGAGUUCCACUAAACCCAGCGGACGUCUUCGCUGUGCAGAAUGUUCUAGAAAGGGGUGGAGCUGAAGGUAGAAGUUUCUGUUUGGAUCUAGAGGAUUCUGGGAUACAUAUCUCUGGACUCAGAGCUCUGGUGGGGCUCAGCAACAUCAACACAUACAGGGCAUGCAUUGCUGAUGCCAUCACCUUAUGGGAGCAGCUAGAGCAGAGUGGUGAAGAAAGUCUCCUACAAGGGGCAGUGUCCAAAUUCAAGAUCCACCCUCUGAAAGCCACACAAGUGUGUCACAUAGAGCACCUGGCAAAGAUGGUGAACAUACACAUGCACAAGAGGCUGUCGGACAGUUUCAGCCAAUCACAUUCCAUCUUGGCAGAGGGCGUACCAGCUGUCAAUGAGUUGCACAAGCUGGAGUUUGAGCUAGGUCCAGAGAAUGGUCCCCUGGCUCUUCCCAAGCUGUGGGAGCUCCUGCCAGGUCUACAUAACCUGCAACACUUAGAUCUUGAGAACAGUAAGAUAGGGGACAAAGGAGCAGAGAAAUUGGCUGAUGCUUUGGUCUCACUUUGUUUCCUGGAGAUUCUAAAUCUGUCACAGAAUUGUAUUGGUGACGAAGGGGUGAAGAAACUGUCAACUACGCUGAGGGAUCUGCCCAAACUGCACUGUUUAAGUCUCUAUAGUAAUGUGAUUUCUGAUGAAGGGGCAGAGAGUUUAGCAGCUGUCCUGCCACACAUGGCCUCCCUCACUGACCUGGAUGUGAAGUAUAACAAGCUAACAGAUGUUGGCGCACACAGCCUAGGAGUCAGUCUGAGGAACUGUAAAAGAAUGAAGACUUUGAGGAUGUGGAACCAGUGUAUUCCAUAUGGAGUGUUUGAGAGACUUCAGCUGCAGGACAGCCGGAUCCUUUGGCAUUAGAACAAUUUGAAACCUCUUUACGAUAGUACAGUACUUAUCGUGGAUCUCAUGCAUGUUUACACUACAAAAUACAUUUUCUAAAUCAUGUGUGCUAGCAACAAGAAGGCAAAGUGGAGACAUCAGCAGGGGCUGGAGAGAGACCUCAACAUCAAUAACACCAAAGAUAUGUGGUAGGUAGGCGAUCAAAAACAUCACAGGCUACAAAAGCAACUCCACCUCCAGAAGAACGGUCACUCUCGCUGUCCACAGCAGAUGUGAGAAGUGUCCUGAGAGUGAACAUGAGGAAAAUAGCUCAGCCUGAUAACAUCCCUGAGAGUGUACUAAGAACUUGUGCCUACUGGCAAGCUUUUUUCAACAUAUCACUGUGACAGGAGAGUGUUCGCACCUGCUACCAGACUUAUCUGCAGUUUCUUCUAUAAGGCUGUGGAAAGUCAUCCUCAGCACUCCACCAUGUAAAAUAAUUGUAUUUCUAUGACUUAUUAUUUAUUCACCCAUCCACUAUCAUUUUUGUAUAUAAAGUUUGUUUUUCUGAGUAGCGUAAAGUGAGCUACAAAUGAAUCUCAUUAUACAACCCGGUGUUGUAAAAUGAUGAAUAAAUCUACCUUGUACCUUGGAAAAUAAAGCAAAUAUGGAAAAUGCUUUGCAGCUUUAUUCAGCAGUUAAUCUCGCUAAAGGAAACAAGGAAAUAAUAAUCCUUCUGAACCCAGCAGUACUACUGCAUGUUUCCAUGGGUGUGGUACAAAUUCAACAAGCACAUUUGCACUGUGGUAUUUCUCAUGAUGUUGGCUGUGCCGUUUAUAGAUUUUUCUCUGUCUGUUGUCAUUGGGUUAGGGACCUGUGCCAUGUACUGUUUUGUUAUUUUUUUUGUGGCACAAGUAGUACUUUGUACUUACAAGAAGGAAAUUGUACUUGUUUGCACUCCUUCUGUGGCUGUAAAUUAUAGAUUGCUUAUUGAUCACCCGGCACUUUAAUGUAAAUAAAAUGUUUAAUGUUGUCAGCA